GCUUGUUCUUCAUCGCAGACAUAAUUCUUUCCUUUCCAGGGAUUUUAGAGUUUUUACCUUUGUUUAUCAAUGUUUGCACCAUUUCGCCCAUGAAUAAUAUUUUUCUUUACGAUUUUAAAGAGGUCAUGCGUGAUGCUGCUUUCUGAGCAACUGGGGACUGGGAGUGCAAGGAUGGGAUCUUUAUCGGAAAUGAAUGAUUUGGCAAGUACUUUUGCAAAGUUGAACAAAGUUGUUACUGGAACAAGACAUCCAGGAGUCAUUGGAGAUCGAGGAUCUGUUUCUUUUUCUCAAGAAAGGAUUUUUGAAGAUUUAAGUGGACAGGAUGCAGGCUACGAGUGGUGCUGCAGUCAUGGGCUCUCUGGAAGUUGCUGUUUGUGGUCUCUGAGAGGUCCAAGAGGGGGAAUGAUCUUCUUUAGGAAGGAUCCUGUUCUCGGAGUUGACUUAGAAUCUGCUAUUAAUAAUGCUGUGUUCCCAGGAUUACAGGGUGGUCCUCAUCAUCAUACAAUUGGGGGACUAGCUGUCUGCUUGAAGCAUGCACAAUCCUCAGAAUUUAAGGUCUAUCAGAACAAGGUCAUUGCCAAUUGUAGAGCUCUUGCGAUUCAGCUGGUCGAGUUAGGUUAUAAGCUAGUUUCUGGGGGAAGUGACAAUCACCUAGUUCUUGUAGAUCUCAGGCCAUUGGGUAUCAAGCGCGAGUGGAGAAAAUUCUUGACAUGGCCUCAGUCACUCUCAACAAGAACUCAGUACCUGGUAUCUACUCAUGUUUCAACACGCUGAUCAUGGUCCAAUUUUCUUGAACCGACUCUUGGCUCUUUUGUGCAUAGGUGACAAGAGUGCUCUAGUUUCAGGAGGCAUUCGAAUUGGGUCACCUGCCAUGACCACCCGAGGUUUCACUGAGAGAGAGUUUGCUGCGGUUGCAAACUUCAUCCACGAGGGUGUUAAGAUAACUUUUGAUGCCAAACCACUAGUCCCGGGACCAAAGCUCCAAGAGUUCCUCAAGUUUGUGACAACUUUUGAUUUCCCUUUGAUCGAUCGAGUUUCAGAUCUUCGCUCGAGUGUCAAAGCUCUUACCACUCAAUUCCCAAUACCCGGCCUUUGAGUUUCUCACUUCAGAGAAGGAAAUGGUUAUAAAUUAACAACAAUUUUGACCAAGAAAAGGGAUAAGGUCAGAGAAAAUGUGACUUGUUCUUGAUGGGGACAUGUUUGUGCUGAUUGUAGCAAUACAAAUUAGAUAGUUUGUAACAUUUUAUAAGCUCUGGCAGCGAUGAGGCUUUGGUGGGAACUGUAUCAUCAUUGAUAAAUUUUAUCUUCCUAUGUUUUUCAAUUUUGUGUUCCUGUCAGUAGUUUUAUUUUUUAGAAAAUUCUAUGGGUUUCAAUUUCAGUGUACUCAAAGAUGUUGAAUUUAAGGUAUCCAAUGCUAAUUAUUGCAGAAUUAACAAUGA